AUUAUUUUCACUUGGGUAAUGACAGUUACACAAAUAGUUUAACUUCGGAAAUAAAAAUGAAUUAUGAUUUGGUAGAAUAAAUUUUAAGAGGAAGUCGGUGGACUUACAUGCCAGAAGCAAUUUUCUGACUCUAGCUCGAAUAAAACAAGCAGGAAACAUUCGUAAAGAACAUCCUGUUUUGAAUAGUGAACUAUCGAUGCAUUUCACGCAUACAAGACAUACAACAAAAAUGCUACUUUGUUAAUGAGUAAUGCAAAACAGCGAUAAAGAACUAAUAGAAAUUAUGCCUAAACCAUUAUAAUAUCUAUAUCAUGAUGAACUGAUAACCAUUAUCUUAAAAAUCAACGGUGGAAAAAUAUAAAGUUACCAAGUUAACUGUUUGGAAUUAUUGAAUAAAUUAUGCCACAAAGGAAAGGAUUAUUGGCUCCACAAAAUACUUUUCUGGAUACAAUUGCGACAAGAUUUGAUGGGACUCAUAGCAACUUUGUAUUGGGCAAUGCACAAGUACACGAUUAUCCAAUUGUCUACUGUUCGGAUGGAUUUGUUGAACUAACUGGAUAUAACCGAUCACAAAUUAUGUCAAGAUGUUGCUCAUGCAGUUUUCUUUGGGGUGAAAAAACUAACGAUGAAGCAAAACAGUCAAUAUUAAAUACACUGAGAAAUAAAUGUGAACUACAAAUCGAAAUUCAGUUUCACAAGAAAACAGGUGGGGCAUUUCUCUGUCUUUUGGACAUUGUACCAAUAAAAAAUGACAAAUCACAAGUGGUUCUAUUUCUUGUAUCGCACAAAGAGCUGUCACCUGAUCGGCAUGGACGAAAUAGAACCAACUGUAAAGUUCCUGAAUCAAGUUUGAAAUUACCCUACUUAUUAUCUGCUCAACAUGUAACAGGAACAUCUUUAUCAAGUAAAUCACCUAAUCUACUUACAAUGGGACUUGCAACAACCAUCACAGCGGCUGCUUUAGGUUCAACUGGAUUUCGAACCAACAGAAUGUUGGACUAUUUAAGUGCCAGUAAAAGCACACUACAUCAAAAAAUUCCGCAUGAUUUAAUUGAAAAAAAUAAUGAUUCAAUUGUGAGUAAAAGCUAUUUAAAUCGUGGUUCAGUCGAUUCAAAUAAACCUUCCACAAAAUGCAAGUCACUUAACGCCAAGUGUGAUGGAGAUGAUGCUGUAAGUACUCACAGAAAUUCAACUGAUAAAUUACAAACGCGUAGUUCUAAACCAAAUCCAGUGACAAACGCUAUUGAUGUUGAAAGUGGUUCACUUCUGAGUCUUGAAAACAAUAAAAAUUCAUCUAAUAAUAAAAAAAUCCUUGCUUCCAAUAAAAUGAUACCAUCUGAAUCAGAUUCUACAGAUUCGUCAAGUGAUGAAUCAAGUAAUAUAACAGAUGAUCCAUCAACUGCUUACAAGUUUCAAAGACGCAGAAGUCGCGCUGUUCUCUAUCAUCUAUCUGGACGAUUCGAUCAGAAGUCAAAACAUAAGUUACCAUUUAAAAAAUUUCAACGAAUUUCCGGUAAAGAAGCUAUACCUGAAUAUAAGGUUCAAGAUGUUCAGGCUUCAAGAUUUAUUUUACUUCACUACAGUUUAUUUAAAAUCAUCUGGGAUUGGAUGAUUCUAUUAUGUACAUUUUAUAUUGCCAUAAUGGUUCCAUACAAUGCAGCAUUUUCUCAGGGAGGUGAUGAAAAGGAUUUAAUAAUUUGUGAUAUAAUUGUUGAAUUAUUAUUUAUUGUAGAUAUCAUAUUAAAUUUCUGGACUACAUACGUUAGUAAAAGUGGACAAGUUGUUUAUCACUUAAAAGCUAUUGCUAUCAACUAUUUACGAGGCUGGUUCUUUCUUGAUUUACUCGCUGCUAUUCCAUUUGAUGUCAUUUUGGCAGUGAAUAAUCCGGAUAUACAAGGAACUAUUGGAGAAAUGGGUAACUGGAUUCACCUACUUAAAUUGGCACGUUUACUUCGAUUAGCCAGACUGUUUCAAAAAAUUGAACGUUAUUCCCAAUAUAGUACUGUGAUACUAGGGCUAUUAAUGUGUAUGUUUUUUCUGGUUGCUCACUGGUUCGCUUGUGGGUGGUAUUGUAUUGGCAAAGAGGAGCUUCGAUCAAAAAUUACACGGGAAUAUAGUUGGCUUUAUGAAUUAGGUGAACGAAUGCAAUUGAGUCGAUCAUUCAAUACCAAUACUAACAAAACUAAUGGAUUAACAAGACGUGCAUUAUAUGUCUCCAGUUUAUAUUUCACAACAACCAGCUUGACAAGUGUUGGAUUUGGUAAUGUAUCACCGAACACAGUGAAUGAGAAAAUAUUUGCUGUUAUAACAAUGCUAAUUGGAGCUUUAAUGCAUGCAGCAGUAUUCGGUAAUGUGACUACCCUCAUCCAACGUAUGUAUUCCCGCCGGUCAGCAUAUCAGACGAAAAAUCAAGAUUUAAAAGAUUUUACACGUGCACAUCAUAUACCGAAACCGUUAAAACAACGAAUGCUGGAGUUUUUUCAAGCUAUGUGGGCAAUCAACCGAGGUAUUGACAAAGAUGCUAUAAUGAGAUCAUUUCCAGAAAAUCUUCGCGGAGAUAUUGCCUUACAUUUGAAUCGUGAAAUGUUAUCACUGAGUCUGUUUAAAAGUGCAAGUCCUGGUUGUCGAAAAUGUUUAGCACAACUGAUAACUACACGUUUUGCUACACCUGGUGAAUAUCUUGUUAAUCAAGGUGAUGUACUCAGAUUUAUUUAUUUUGUAUGCAGCGGUUCACUGGAGAUAUUAGGUGAAGAAGGUACAGUUGUUGGGUUGCUAGGCAAAUGUGAUAUAUUUGGCAGUGAUAUGGAUGACUUACCCACCUUAGGAUUUUCAGCCUACAAUGUGAAAUCACUCACAUAUUGUGAAUUACAAUGUAUAGCAUUAGAUCAUGAAUUACAAGAAAUAUUUGAUCAGUAUCCACAAUUUAAAAAACAAUUUGCUUUGGCACUGUCUGAAGAAUUAUCAUUCAACUUGAGAGCAGGAUAUGAUGUAGCAUCAUCCUUAGAACUUAUCCCUGCAAUUACUGUCUCCAAUACAAAAAGUACAAAUGUCGAUGAACACUCAGAUAACAGCAGUGUAAAGUCACAACAAAUGACAAGUGAAAAAUGUCCCCUGCUGAAGGAAACAGAUGAUAAUGUAUCAUUUGAAGAUGAAAAUAAGGAUGAAAUUAACUCUGUAAAUGAAAGACAGUUUAAAAUAAAUCCUAGACUUAAAACAAAUAAUUCAGAAGACUGUGAAACUACUCAAAAACAAGAUAAUACAGAGAUAUUCAGUAGAAAAAUUAAAUCUCCACAAAAAACAAAAACUUCUCUUAUCAAACAGAAUUCACUUAAUUUGUAUCCUAAACACUUGAAAAAAACUAAUGAGUUCCCUAGUGUAACAAAUAAUUCAAACAAAAUGCUGUCCAUUGAACAAUUGAACGAAGAUGGUGAGGAAGUAAAUGAUUUUAUUGAUGAUAAUGAUCAUGAUUAUGAAGUACAAAAUAACAAAAUAUUAAAACACUGUUACUCUAACUUUUCGAUUACACACUCAUCAAAUUCUUUUCAAAGCUUUACACAUUGUAACAAGAUAAGAAUGUCAAGAUCAUUUUCAAAAAAUAGGUGUCAUUCAUUAGAUGAACUUUGUGAAAUGAAAACGUCACUUGGGACAUAUCCAGUAUGUGAUAGUCAAAUUAAAGAUGAAUACAGAAAUAAUGUCAACAAUAGAGAAUAUUUUCAUCCAGAGACAAACUGGAAUCCAGUGAAUGAUGUUUUCUGUGAUACACAACAAAUAAAUUCUAUUAACAAUCAACUCAUCUCACUACUCGGUGUACACUUUCAUCAAACACAGAAACAUAUGAAUUUAUUAAAAUCAGAAAUUAUACAAAUAAAUCAAAAAAUUGAUAAAAUACAAAAAGAUUUUACAGAAUUUACAAAAUAUUUUAUCAAAAAUGAAAAUCUUUUAUCAUGCAAAGAGUCAUCCAAUUCGAAUAUGACUAAAAUACUUGAUAAUAAACGUUUAAAAACAAUAUACUCCAUUUCACAAAAUGAAAAUACUUUUGCAUCAUCUACAAGUAUUACUAACAACAAUAGCAGUAGUAGUUGUAGUUUUAUUAGUAGUAAUGUGAAUAAUAAUAAUAAUAGUAAUAGUGUUAUUCAUAACUCAAAAGACAACUUACCUUCAUCGAAGUAUAUCACCUCAUCAACAUCAUCCAUUUCACGACCAUGCCUACAUCAAUACGGCAGACCACAUUAUUCACCAGAGAAUCGAGUUGUUACAUUUCAAUUACCUCCACGUAAUCAUGAUUUUCGUAGUCAGAGUCUAACUAAUUCAAGACAGAUUUCACCAGAAACACCAAAAGCGAAUCCAUUUAAAAGGUUACUGCAUAAACAUCCAUCUAUAUCUCAUGAUAUUGAUUAAUUGUAUCUAAAUCUGUUUUUGGUUUAAUCAGAAAAGGUUAUUUCGUUAUAAUUAGUAAAUUUAAACAAAACUAAUCCUUUAAAUAAUCGUUUGUUCUGAAAUAAAGUAGAUUUUCUCAAAUAUUUUCAUAUCUAUAUUUCAGCAAAAAUAUAACAAAGAAGAAUGUAUUCAAAGAAUUUAGAAUUUAUAUUUAACUAUCUCCUUUUGUUACCCAUGCUUAAGAUUAUCCUUGAACAGAAACAUUGAGAGUUAACACCAUCUAUCACAAAAGAUAAAAUGGAAUUCUUCGUAAUUCACAUUCUUUUGUGUAUAUAGUAAUUCCAAGACAAUAAUAUUCUGUAAAUCUCAUUCACUUCCUCUUUUAGAAUACUCUUAACAAUGUCACAAAAUAUACCAUUUACGUAAAAAGUGUAAAUAUUCAGACUGUUAGCGAAAACUGACGAUUAAUCGCCCUUCUUCAAUAGGAAUUGGUUACUUAAAAACGUUUAAGUUUCAGUAUACAAAAUUGAAGUAUUGCAGAUUUAUAUAUUUAAACAAAACAAUAAUAAAGGAAGAUGUUGUUCAACCCAUUCAAUGAAUUCAAUCAACCUGAGAAAGUUUAAGUAGAUUUGAAUAAAAAGAAUAUAUUUUUAUAAUUCAACAAAUAUAUAUGAAAAAAAAUCACCCCUUUUUUGUAAUGAUUAACAAACUUUGUUAUUAUGUAAGCUGUUUCAAUUAAAUAAGUAGCAUGAAUGC